UGAUUCAGAAUAGUGGUUGCUCACAACAUUCAGUCAUACCACCUUCUCAAAUUAUGGAAGGCAAAUUAGAUAAAAUUGGUUUGGAAGUACCUUUGCACAACUAUGUAGCCCAAGAUAAAAUAUGGCGUGACAACUGUAUUAAGGAAGCAAGGGAAUCCAGAGCUUGGUCGAAAAACUGGAGUUUCCUGACACUGACUCCAGAAGAAAUCUUGAAAAAUGAAAUGCAUGACCUGGUUGAUUCUCAGAGAAAACCUAUAGAGAUUCCUGAACACCUAAAGAUCACUGAGGCAGUACCUAUAUCUGAUUAUAUUAAAAUUGAACCGUCACCAACACCAAUACCAUUAACAACUAGUAAAAUGAUUGGGUGGCGAUCAGGUUUGCCUCAAUAUCAGUUGGACAAAUACAAUGUGACUAGAAGACCCCAGGGUUCUCUUCUGAAACGAUUCAAUUGGCCUCUGGAGGCUCUGUGAUGACUAAUUAUUCUUUAUAAAGAUAUCGCAACAUUUCCAAUAAUUUCAAUAAAGCGCAAAAUUAUUUCCAAACACAACCUAAUUUACUUUUGAUGAUCAAAUUGAUUAAAAGUCUACUAUUUAUACCUUCGUGCGUCUAAUCAUGUAUGCAUUACUGGUAGACAGCUACGAAUCUCGCGUGGUGAUUGUUUGUACAUUCUCUCGUUGAGCUCGCAACUGACAGGCUUAUAACAUGCGUAGAUCGUGGAUGAUCUGACUUCUAGUGUACUACCAAGCUGCCAUAUUUGGUACGCUUGUGGAGUCCUCAAAAAUAAACUU